GCUAUAUGAACGCACGGACAACAACGAGGAGUACAUUCGAGAAAUCGAAGCGAACAACGAACCUUCUACAAAGAGACCAAGGCUCACCUAACUUCAUAAUAAAAUGGAUCUAUCUGCACUCAACAAGAUUGCUGAGCGAGAGUUCUUGCCAAAGAAAAGAGCAACAGACAUGGAAAAAGAUCAUCAGUAUAUGGUGACAGCACUGAAAGAGGUCAAGACAAGGUUCGGUACGAAGAUUGUUGCUGAACUUGAUGACAGCUUUCAAGUUUUCUUGCCAGAGAAGAUUUCAUCGGCUAUUCUGAAAGAUGAAGCGUUUUUCAAUUCACUCUGCAACAGUGCAAAUAAACUUUGUUUAUUUUUAAAAUAUCUGGGUGGAUCUUCUUUUAAGUUCGAUUCUAGUACUCAAUAAGAAUGAAUAAAUCACAAAUUGAUUUUACAAAGAUAUAUUUUUUA